AUGACUUCCUGGCUUACCAGUAAAGCCCCGAAUCUUUCUCUGCAUCUAGAGUCUGCUGGCCGGGCUCUCGUCGGCAGCGUCCUCGCCCUGCUCAUUUCCUGGACCUUCCUCGGCAACUUCACGGUGUGCGCGGCGAUUUUCCGCUACCGGCAUCUGCGGGCGAAGGUGACCAACAUCUUCAUCGCCUCCCUCGCCCUGUCGGACCUGCUGGUCGCGGUGCUGGUGAUGCCGUGGAAAGCCGCGGCCGAGGUGGCCGGUUUCUGGCCGUUCGGCGCCUUUUGCAACACCUGGGUGGCGUGCGACAUCAUGUGCUCCACCGCCUCCAUCCUGAACCUGUGCGUCAUCAGCGUGGACCGCUACUGGGCCGUGUCCAGCCCGUUCCGUUACGAGAGGAAAAUGGACAGGAGGGUGGCCUCCGUCAUGCUAGGCGUGACGUGGACCGUGUCCGUGGUCAUCUCCUUCGUCCCCGUGCAGCUCAAGUGGCACCGGGCGGACGUCGGCGACGCUCCAGCCGCCGCCUCCUCCGCCGCCGCCCGCAACACUACGCCGAGCGUCAGGGACGGACACUGCGACCCGAGUCUGAGCCGCACUUACGCCAUCUCCUCCUCCCUCAUCAGCUUCUACAUCCCCGUGGCUAUCAUGGUGGCCACGUACACGCGCAUAUAUCGGAUAGCCCAGGUGCAGAUAAGACGCAUAUCCACCUUGGAACGCGCGGCCGAGCAUGCGCAGAGCUGCCACUCCCAUUACGCGCCCGACUCUCGCCCGCGCCUCAGCGCGAGUUCCUGCCAGCGUCCGUGUCUGCGCCCCUGUUCUCACCCGCACCGCCGCCCUUCUCAGCCCGUCCACCGCGCUCUCAGGGUGUCCAUCAGACGGGAGACGAAAGUGGUGAAAACCCUCAGCAUAAUCAUAGGCGUCUUCAUCUGCUGCUGGUCCCCUUUCUUUGUGCUGAACUGCGCCAUACCCUUCUGCCCGGGGCCCGAGUCGCCCAACGCCCAGCGUGGCCCCUACUGCGUCAGCAAGAGGACCUUCGACGUGUUCGUGUGGUUCGGCUGGAGCAACUCGUCUCUCAACCCCAUCAUCUACGCGUUCAACGCGGACUUCCGGGAGGCCUUCCUCCGCCUCCUCGGCUGCCGCUGCACGAGAUGCCGGGGCGCCGGGGGCGCAGCGGUGGAGACCGUGGUGGCGAGCCACGACGUCGGGUCCCUCAAGCAGGAAAGCCCCCUCCACAUGGAGACGGGGGCGUGUUGGAGCGUCAACACCAGGGGCAGCGAGGACAGCGGGAAGACCACGGUCACUCUGGUUUACCCACGAGGGGCGGCGGCUUUGGACCAGGAGACAGACGCGGAGGAGAGCAAAGCUGGAGACGUGGACAGACAGACAGACACAGAUACCCGAAUGAAGAGCGCGCGUCUAUCUGUUAUUUCGGGGAGCUCCGACAUGAUGGCGUUCAUGACGGGAUCGGAGAGAAAAUAG